UUCUUAAUUGAAUCAGUUUUCUUUUCUUAAUAUGCAAUACACACUAUUACACAUGUAUGAAUGUAAAUAAAAAUCUCACUUUCUCCACCAAGGAAUUUUUGUAUUUGAGAAUUUAUCAAAUUCGAAGCAAGAUCCAAUCCAAGGCGAUGGAGUCUCUAAUGCUCGAUAUAGAGCUGUUACAGUUACCGGAGACAUCACCAAUGUCCAUGAAAUCGAAUCAAGAUUUCGUCAAGAAGCUCUUUGACCAAUGGCUUACGCUUCCUGAAACCAAUCGUUUGGUUGCCUCUUUGGUAAAUGAUAUCAAAUCUGGAGUUGCACUGAAUGUUGUAUGUGGAGGCUCUUCUUCGGCUACAAAUUCAGGUUCUAAUAGUCCUUUGGCUUCAAUGUUUCCAUCACGUAAUGGCCCGCCUCUUUCUCCAAGGAACUCGACCGGUUCACCUCGGAUCACUAGACAAAGAACUGGACUAUCUAAUCUUAGCUCUCCUCUCAAAGUAGUUUCUGACCAUGUUAAAGAACUCAUUCCUCAGUUUUACUUUGAAGAUGGUCGCCCACCACCAAAUGACCAAAAAGAGCAGUGUAUAACUCAGAUCAAUAGUCUUUUCCAUGGCCAUGAGGAUGGUUUGCAACUGCAAGAAUUUAAGUUGGUCACUACUGAGAUCUGCAAGGUUCCAUCAUUUUUUUCCACCUCUAUUUUCAAGAAAAUUGACACCAAUAACACUGGUUUUGUGAAAAGAGAAACCUUCAUUGAUUACUGGGUUAAUGGAAAUAUGUUGACAAAGGAGAUAACAACUCAAAUAUUUACAAUACUGAAGCAAUCAGAUAAUAAGUACAUUGUUCAGGAUGAUUUCAAGCCUGUGCUCCAAGAACUAUUGGCGACACACCCUGGUCUAGAAUUCUUGCAAGGCACACCUGAGUUUCAGGAUAGAUAUGCUGAAACUGUAAUAUACAGAAUAUAUUACUACAUAAAUAGGAGUGGGAAUGGACAUCUUACCCUGAGAGAACUUAAGCGAGGAAAUUUAGUUGACGCAAUGCAACAUGCUGAUGAAGAAGAAGACAUUAAUAAGGUGUUGAGGUACUUUUCGUAUGAACAUUUUUAUGUCAUAUAUUGCAAGUUCUGGGAGCUCGAUACAGACCAUGAUUUCUUGAUUGACAAAGAGAAUCUCAUCCGAUAUAGUAAUCAUGCUCUGACCUACAGGAUUGUCGACCGAAUCUUUUCGCAGGUACCAAGGAAGUUCACUAAUAAAACCGAAGGAAAGAUGGGUUAUGAGGAUUUUGUUUAUUUCAUUUUGGCUGAAGAAGACAAGUCAUCAGAACCUAGUCUUGAGUACUGGUUCAAGUGCAUAGAUUUGGAUGCAAAUGGAGUUUUGACACGGAACGAGCUGCAAUUCUUUUACGAGGAGCAACUGCAUCGAAUGGAAUGCAUGGCGCAAGAGGCAGUGCUGUUUGAGGAUAUUCUGUGCCAAUUAUUCGAUAUGGUCAAACCAGAAGACGAAGGGUACAUUUGUCUAAGUGAUUUGAAGGGUUCUAAACUUUCCGGAAAUGUUUUCAACAUACUUUUUAACCUAAACAAGUUUAUGGCGUUUGAAACGCGUGAUCCCUUCCUCAUUCGCCAGGAGCGCGCAAAUCCUACAUGGACCGAGUGGGAUCGUUUUGCUCAUAGAGAAUACAUUAGGCUAUCUAUGGAAGAAGAUGUCGAAGAUGCUUCUAAUGGAAGUGCUGAAGCAUGGGACGACUCACUUGAGGUCCCCUUUUGAGAUUGUUAUGGUAAUACAAUCAACAAUUUUCUAAAGCUAAACAAAUUAGUUGGAGCUGGUUUAUAAGAAUUUUGGUUAAUAAAAUAUAAGGCGAAUGGAAAC